AUGGCCUCCCUCCCUGCAAUCAAGGCUGGCAACUUGGCCGUCAUCAGUGGCGGCGCCAGCGGUAUCGGUCUGGCCGCCGCGGCUUUCUACCUGUCGAAGGGCAUGAAGGUGGCCAUUGGCGACCAGAGCGAAUCGAGCCUGCAGUCGGCGACCAAGACGCUCUCUAGCAAGGGUGACACGUACCUCGGCUUGCUGGACGUGACGGACCAGACGAGCGUCAACCUCUUUCGCAGGAGCGUGUUCGAAAAGUUCCCCGACGCCAAGCUGACCAUGCUGAUGGCGAACGCGGGUGUUGGCGGACCAACGAAGGCUUCCACAUCGGACGGCUGGGAUCGCAUCCUCAGCACCAACUUUCACGGUGUCGUCAAUGUCUGCCAAGCGUUUCUUCCUGACCUGAAAAAGCAUGGCGAGGACGCUCUCAUCAUCAACACCGGAUCAAAGCAAGGCAUCACCACGCCACCUGGCACAGGUCCUGCUUACAACAUCUCGAAAGCAGCAGUCAAAGUGUAUACCGAGUGUUUGGCACACGAGCUCCGCGAGGACAAGGCGAGCAAGGUCGACGUCAAACUGCUGAUCCCUGGUUGGGUGCACACCGGGUUGACGGGCGCCAAAGAUGGCAAGCCAAAGCCGGAUGGCGCCUGGACGCCUGAGCAGACGGUCGAGUUCAUGGUGGAACGAAUCAAGGCUGGAUCGUUCUACAUCCUGUGUCCCGACAACGAGACCAAGCGCGAGAUCGACUUGGCGCGUAUGGAAUGGAACGUCAACGAUGUCAUCCAAGACCGACCCGCCUUGUCGCGAUGGCACGACGACUAUUCUUCUGAAUUUAACGAGUUUGUCAAGAGCAAGACCUCGUAG